CAAUUCCCUGUACCAUUUGCUAACACCUGUGGUAACUCCAAACACCCACUCAAUAUUCAGUGCAGAUAAAAUUAGAUUUUGUAUAAAGCAAAAAACAGAGUUUCAUCAUGAAGAGAAACAGAGAAAACAUGGAGAUCGUAUGGCAAACUCCGGCGAAUCCACCGGAACGUCAUGAUUACAUCUUCCGUAACGGAAUCCGCUACGUUAAACCCUACUACUUCGAAUUCAUUUCUCAUGCGAAGAAUCGGUGGGCAGGGAAGACGAUUGUUGAUCUGUUUGCUGAUGAGUUUAAAGGUCGAAACCGUGAUUAUUAUGAUUCUGCUGUCAAAUCUGGUCGCAUACAAGUCGAUGGAAAGACGGUGCCUAUUUCAUACAGAGUUCAAUCGUCACAAAAGAUUAGUCACUUCGUACAUAGGCAUGAACCCCCUGUGAUGGCUUUGGAUGUUGCAAUUUUGCAUAAAGGUGAAGAUGUUCUUACUGUUUGUAAGCCUGCAUCAGUUCCAGUACAUCCUUGUGGGCAGUAUCGUAAAAAUACCGUUGUCGGUAUUCUUCAGGCAGAACAUGAUUUUGCACCUCUAUUUCCUGUUCAUCGGCUGGAUCGUUUGGUUUCGGGACUUCUUAUUCUUGCUAGAAGUGCUUCUCAGGCUGAUAUUUUCAGACAACAGAUAGAAUCUGGGACGGUGCAGAAACAGUAUAUUGCAAAAGUAGUUGGGGAAUUUCCCGAAGACGAGCAAAUUGUGAAUUUGAGGGUAAAUUUUAAUGCCCGAGAAGGAAGGAGUACAGUAGAGGUAGGGGACACUGAUGAAAAAGACAAUAAAACGUUAAACGGGAAGGCCGCAUGUACAAAAUUUACUAGAAUUUGUACUAAUGGGAAAUAUAGUAUCGUAUCAUGUCAUCCAAUCACUGGAAGAACUCAUCAAAUUCGUGUACACCUGCAAUCCACGGGUCAUCCGAUAGCCAACGACACACUCUACCUUACGGGUGAUGUUAAUAGUGGCUCUAGGAGAGCGUUUGACGUGGUGAAGUCAAACCGUUCAUUGAACGUCAAGUGUAAUGAUAAUUGCGAUAGUCAACCUGAAGAUUCCAUUGAAGAUUUCGACAUUGAUCCAUUGUGCACAAAUUGCCCAAAUUUGGCUCCUAUAGGAUACGAUGGCAGCGAAGAAGGUUUGUGGCUUCACUGCGUGAGAUACAGCGGGCCGGAUUGGGUAUAUGAAUGUCCAUAUCCUGAGUGGGCGUCUCUGAGCUAAUUUUAUUUUUGAAUUUGUGGCUCUAAAUUUUGAUUCAAAUUCAGUAUUAUUUAAUCGAUUUGUGCUAUAAUGCAACAAGGUACAAGUGUCCUCUGAACUUGUAGACUCAGGGCUGGCCAUUUGGGUCUGGGUUGACCCGAACCCGAUAUGACCUGAAAUCGUACAUGAGUCAUUCUACACAUCCCGAAUGUGGCCUAUAACCCGGCCAGACAACCUGUUUGAUUAAAUGCGUACCGGGUCAUUUCUCAAUCUUUUGGACCCACAUAAUUUUGUAUCAGGUUUGUGGAGCUUAAUGACAUGUAGCGAGUCCCGUGUACAACUUAUAUGUUAGGUUCUCUAUUUUUCAUUCUAUUAGCAAGAGUUCUUGUAGGGAUCAUAGUCAUAUGCUAUUGUUUAAUUUUUCUUCUUUAUUGAAUA